AUGGAGAAAAGACCUGUUGUUAUGCAUCCUUGUAAGUUUAAAAUCCAUCUCUUUUACUUGUUAGGCAAUGUCUUGAUGACAUUAGCACAAAUAGAAAAAACUAAUGUAUUCUAUAUUCAUAGUCUCCUAAUAUAUCUUUUUAUGUGAUUCAUGAUUACUAUAUACACCCUUUAACUGCAGAUGGGAUGGCAUUUCGAAACAAUUACAAGUCAUGGCUUGGGAAAAGUCAAAAUGAGACAACAGAGAUUUUGGAAUCAUUUGCCAAUACAUGCAGAAACAGGAAGGUGAUAUGAAACAAUCUUUACAAACACUUCAGAUUGCUGAUAUUGCUCCACAUGUAUUCAAAUAACAGUUACAGAAGCUUUGAGAGGGCUAUCCAUAAGUCUGCCAUCAAUUCCUUACAAAUUGACUACAGCAAGUACUUCUCGAUAGUUGAGUUUCCAAAUAACUUGUAAGUUGCUGUUUUAAAUUUUCAUAUGUCUUUUGUUUUUUUUUUUUCAUAUUGUUGGUAUAGAAAGAAUUUUUUAAUGUAACAGACUGUACCCUUUAAAAAGGGUACAGAAAGGAUUUACAAGCAAGCAGUAACAACAGAACCUGAAUGUUUCAGUAAAAGAAUUUUUCAUUUAGCUUUAAAAUUUGACAGGUUCUAAUUCUUGCUGAUUUAUUGGAUUGUUCUUAAUAUUCAGAAAUACGUUGCUGUGGAAAGAAAUCUCAUAUUUAACUGAAAAUGCUGCAAAAAUUAACACCCUUAGUCCCAGAAAGAAACUCUCAGUGAUGGGGCAAGGAGUAGGACUAGGACUAUUGUUUUUUUUUUAAAUGUCAUUUGAUUCUUUUAAGGGAGGGGGGGGUAGAGUAAGUCUCUUUGGGCAGUGAAGUAUAUCUGGCUAAUAUUUCAUUCAGUUAAAUGUGUCUGUGAUCAACUCCUCAUCAAAUCCUUCAACUAAAGUCAUAGACUCUUUUUCUCAUACUUUAAGAAAUAUUUAUACUUUUAUACUUAUGCCCUAGCUUUAUUUGUUUGUUUCCUAAUCAUAGUUUGCUCUCUGUUUGUAGUAUAACUUCAAGCUGAUUUCAGAAAUUGGCAAAGCUGGAGAGGUUAUUUGUCACACAGCCAAUAAAGAAAAUGCAAGCCACAUAGUGAUGGGAAGUCGAGGAUUGGGCACCGUGCGGCGGACACUGUUAGGAAGUGUUAGUGACUAUUGUCUUCAUCAUUCUCCUGUCCCUGUGUCAGUGGUGCCUCCCACAAGCAGCCCUUAAUAAUGCACUUAUUUAAAAAAAACUGUUAAGAUGUGUUUAAUAUUAUAAAGUGUUCAGGUUCAUAAGGGAACUUGUGUAGUGGAAUAUUAUUAUCUAAUCUAUGAGUGUGGCCCAUACACUGUAGUGGAAAAUGAACAUGGAAGACUCUAAAGUGGUUAGAACAUCAUUAGCACAGGAGCCGAACUAUGUUCUUGUCGCAUUUUGCCGUCACCCAUAACCUUUAACUGAACAUACGCAUGGCAAAAUGGAAUAUAUUGGUGCAGCGUUAAGCAUCAGAUGGUAACGGAUGAUGUAUGAGCAAAUUGAUAAAACUGAGUAAUACUGAAAGAGGCGUUGUUUGAUUUUAUGGGAAACCGCCCAAGGAUAGAUUGAGGGUAGAUUUUUUUUUCCUAACUUUUGUUGCGAAUAUUAGUGUUUCUUACGUUGUUGUCAAAGUAAUAACCAGGAAGAUUGACAAUUUUAACGUCUGCAACCUGUGUGCAAAGGUGAUUUCCAAGUCUUUCUCAUGUGCUGCCAUCGUGUAGAUUUUCGUAUAGCAUUUACCAGUCACGAUAAAAUAUGCUUACCGAGAAA